GCAUGCAUGUCGCGUUUCGAAACACAACCGUCACACACCCGCGGGUUCCCGGCACGCACCUCUCGGCCAUUGCUCCAACGACCGCCCUACCUCGCCAGUCGUCGCCUCUCCCCACAUAUACACGCGCUCUACCAGUCCACCCUGAGCCACGCCUGCCCGAGACCGCAGUUCACCUGAAGAUCACAUACUACUGCUUGUCAAUCUUUGCUACAGGCAGUUGGCGUCGAUGGCUCCUGCUCUUGCUGUGAACAGGGGCGCCCGCGCGGCCGCGCCGGCGCUGCUCCUCGUAGCGGCUCUGCUGGUGGCGGCGCGGGGCGCGAGCGCGGCGCUGUCGUGCUCCACGGUGUACAGCAGGCUGACGCCGUGCGCCGGGUACGCGCAGAACGGCGGGGCGGUGCCGCAGGCGUGCUGCUCUGGGAUCAGGACGCUCAAGUCCGAGGCGCGCACCAAGGCCGACAUCCGCGCCGCCUGCGCCUGCCUCAAGACCCUCGCGGCCGCCGCGGCGGGCGGGCCGGCCCUCGGCCGCGCCGCGGGGCUGCCCGGCAGGUGCGGCGUCAGCCUGCCCUUCAGGAUCGAUCCCAACGUCAACUGCAACGCGUACGUGACAACAAAACCGGCGAGGCAUGUAGAGUUUCCGAGACCUUCGUUUUUAUUAACCCGGGCGUUUUUGUGUUGUGCAUGCAGGAUAUAAAUUGGGUACGCGACUCUACGGCGUGCGGAACACGGUCGUGAUGCCAGAAUGCCCGUGCGAUGUUGUUUCGAUCGACUUGUGUGUGUGAGAGAGAUACUGAUACAUAAACCGUUCUGCUGUUCGCACGCACCCCGCAGAUUAUACGGUAGUACUCCUUCAAUACAUACGCGUAUUAUUUCUCUUCCGUUUAUUUAGAUACGAAUGUAUGUAGACAUAUGUGUUAAUAACGAAUAAACGCAUAAUAUGUUGUACGUCCGACCGCUACAUGUUUUCCGGUUUUGUAAAGGGAGCCGGUGUAUGAUGAGGUGGAAAUACGUAUUCCCUCUAUGAAUAAUACUCCUAGUUGGAUUA